GUCUUGGCGGUGAUUGGAGGGGAUUGAGGACAGGACCCAAGAACCUGCAGAUAGAGAAAACGUCAGGAUGUGACUCUAGGACCCCAAGGCAGUGACAGAAGAACCAGGAGUACAGCCCUGGGAUCCCCUCCCCUUUGACCUUCCCCAUCUGACCCCGGUAUGUAUGGCACUGCUGUAUCACUGUGGUUGGGUCCACUUCCUUCCAUGGAGGGGACAGGGGGACCUUCUCCAGGUUGCUCUGUGCUGACUCAGACUCUGCUGCUCUGAAAUUUAUUUUUGCUUGUGGUUGUGGUGGACCAUGGCUAAUGAACAGGACGACUUUAACCUCAAGGUCGUGUUGCUCAGUUUCAAGCAAUGCCUCAACGAGAAGGAGGAGGUCCUCGUGGACCCUUACAUUACUGGUUGGAAAGGGCUUGUCAGGUUCCUGAACAACCUUGGAGCCAUCUUCUCCUUCAUCUCAAAGGACGUGAUGACCAAAAUCCAGAUCAUGGAGAGGUUCCGCAGCAGUGACCAGAAGGAAAACUACUCCAACUUUCAGGCCAUGGUGCAAUAUGAGAUCAACAACAAGCUGGUGGACCUCCAGAAGCGCUCUGAACACCCCGACUCUGGCUGCCGUACCAUCCUCCGCCUGCACCGGGCCCUGCACUGGCUGCAGAUGUUCCUGGAGGGGCUCAGGACUAGCCAGGAGGACUGCAAGACCUCAGUCCUCUGCACUGACUCCUACAACACCACCCUGGCCUCCUACCACCCCUGGAUCAUCCGCAAAGCUGUCACCGUGGCAUUCUGCACACUGCCCAGCCGCAAUGCCUUCCUAGAGACCAUGAAUGUGGGUCCCCCCGAGGAGGCCGUGGAGAUGCUGAAUGAAGCCAUGCCCUUCAUCUGCCAGGUCUACCAGAUCACCCAGAAACUCUUUGAGGAGCAUACCCUGCUGGACCUUCCAUAGCUGAGGGGAGGCCGGGCCCCAAGGUGACUCUCCUACCUUAGAUACCAGGUAGAGAAGAUACAACCAAAACCUGUCAUCCAGCACUUACUGAUGCUUCAGGCCCUACUCAGAGCUCCCUUGGUUUCUCUUCCCCCAUCUUCCACCAAGCUUGGACUUGGUUGUCACUCAGCUGGGAAUAAGUAUUUGCAGGGCCACAUGGCUCUCUGCAGGGAGCACCAAAGGAUCAUUGACAAUCCAUGGAUUGGAGAUCAUUGGAAACCAGGGGGCCAGGUUUAAGUAAAAUCAUGUAGCCUCCAGGGAAGUCAGACAACUCUGCCCUGACCUCUGCCCUCACUCUGAACAGCUCACUGUCCUAAUCAAAAGCAGAAAGAAAAAACUUGGUAUAGUUUUUUUUUAAUUUUGAAUCAUGCUGCAGUACCCAGGCUGCAAACAUAAGAAGUCUAUAUGAUUAAAUGUCCACCUAUUCUGUUUCCAACUCCUUUUCCCCCUGGGGAAGGACGCCAUAUCCCAGCCUGCUGGGAGUAAUGAGGCCAAAAGUCUGACCCGGGGGGAUUUCCCUGGGCCAGAUUGCUAUACAAACUUGAAUCAGCGGAAGCUAUGGGGGAAGGCAGUGGGCUGAAGCAUUUUCAUAUUUAAAUAGGGAGUUGGGGAUAAGAGAAGGAGCCUUCUUAUAGUCAAUUCCAGGGACCUGGCAUUUUAAUUUCUGACUACUUUGUCAACCUUGUGUCUGAAAAUGUUCUUUAGUGAUAUGUAAAACCACAAGGGUAGAUUCCAGUUAUCUCAGGGGCAAAAUAAUUUAUUUUCUUUUCUAACCUCUUGUAAGGAAAACAUUUACAUGUAUCUUUCUAGUUCAGCUAGCAAAGGCGGGCCUCCUGCUCUGGGAUCUCUAGCCAGGGAAGCCACAACCUACACAGGACUUCCCCUAGCAGCUUUUAAAGAGUUUGUUUGUUUGUUUUUAAACCAAAGUACCCAGUAUGCAUCUCUGGUGUCUUACCAAAGACAGUGUUGUCAUCUGCAUCUCUACUGGUAUUUUGCUCCUUGGAUGCCAGGGCCCUAUUUCAGCUGCUAUAAGUAAUAACAGACCAGCUAAAAUCAGGCAGUGGUCCCAUCAGCUGAAGAGACCAGUUCAAGGGUGCUUGACCUUAGCCGUAUACGUGAUAUUAGAAAUUUAGGCAUGUCCCCACCUGGCAUGAGACCUUGGCUGCCUCCUGAUCUCUUCACAAAAAUGCUGUGGAUUCGACAUCUUGGCCAGCAGAGCAAAAUUCUGGCUGGGUGGCUGCUGAGCAGCAGCUGAUAGCCCGAAAGCAGCCAUGUUAGGGGCUGACUCGUUCCCCUGGUAGAGGCUUGAAGCAGGAGAUGCCAGCCAAGCUCUUCUCUUUUGAGGAGUCAUCCUUAAAAAAAAGCAAAACGCCUAUUCCUAUGCAGUUCUCCCCAAUAUUGCAUCCUUCCUGGGGAUCACAUUGCCGAAGAGGUUUCCUCUGGAAAACACAUAAUGGUUACCCCUAAGCCUGUGACUCUUCUGGAACUGAAAUACUCACCCCUGCGCCCACCCAGUGAGAAAUGGGGGACCUCCCAUUCUUAGAGACAUUUGAAAAUGCUGCUUGGAGGGGCAUCUGUUGCUCUAAGCAAACUGAGCAGAAAGGCCCAAGGGCCGUGUUUCCCACUUGGCUUUCAAACAGGUCUUCAUUUGACUUGUGGCUUCUAGAGUGGGCCCUUGGCUUAUGCAUGAGACCCCAAGGACUGCCGCUUGGCCUGGUGUCUGGAAUGUGGGAUAGGGUACUGGGGUACAGUAACCAUCUUUCCCUGGCCCUCGAGUCAACUUCUCCAUCUUUGCCCCAUCUGGGCUCCCCUGUCUGCUCUCCUUUCUUGUAUUAUCCCUUUGACCUACAAGGUUUCUGGCAGAUAGCCCAGGGUGAUGGGCUUCCAUCCUCUGGCCCUGCCCUUUGGAGGGGGUGGCAGCAGCCCUGGACAGAGAGGGCCCUUGCAUGAGCUGUUAACUGAAAGCUGAGGAAUUGGGAGAAGGUGGCACUUAUCCCCUUGUGCCCCAAUUCCCUCCCUCUCCCCAGAAAUGGAAACAUUAAGCCUUCUGUUAUGAUGGAGGAGGGGAGCACAAGAGGGUCUUCUCCUGCCCCUGUUGCCCACAUGGUAUCAGAUUUGAUGGUACGGACCGGAUGAUCUGAAGCUGAUCAGAUCUUGACAUCUGUGACAUUCACUACAGCUGGGGGUGGGGGAGGGGAAGGACAGGGCUUUGGGGUUGCCCUGGCUAUUACUCCCCUGCAUCUUCUGUUGCUACUGACUCCACAUUCCCUGGGAGAUGCACUUUCUGCAGAUCUGCCCCUUUCUGUAACAUGUAUACAGCAGGACUGUAUGACUUCAUUCCUUGGUGGGGAGAAAUCAUAAUGUGUUUGAUUAUUUAUUUCAUUUAAAAUAAAUCAUACUUGGUGGAUGGAAGUGUACUGAGUGAACCUGUAGGAGAGCUGUUUUCUGUGGGCCUAUAGAGUGAACAAGGCUCUGGGAGGCUUUCCAGCACUCCACCCGCCAAGCUUCUCCACCAGAGGGCGGCAAGUAGCACAGUGAAUAGACCAGCAAUUCUGGGGUCCAAGGAUGCUGUCAGAGUCCCUUCAGCUGGAAAGAAUCCCCUAAUUAGGUGACCAAUAUAUUUUCUCUCUAUGACUGCAAAUAUGUGCAUGUGUUUCAAAGCAUGACUCGUUUUUCUGCACCAAUUCAAAACCAUCAUGAGCUUUGAGGGGCAAAAGGUAUCAUUGUAGUUAUUGUAAGCACUUAAUGAAUAAAUCGGAAAGAGUGUCAUGCCUAGUAGAUGGCAA